GGCGUCCGUUGCUGACGACGUUUGGCCUUCUUUCACAUCCAAGUUCUUGAUCAUCGAGGACAAACAAAGUAGAUACGUUUCAUCGGUUUUCUGUCACCGACUUGGAAGGUCCUCCUUGAACACUUGUCGUUUUCUUCUUAUUCACACCUCAGAUCAUCAGCGAUAAAUCAUGGGCGCCGAUGCAGAUGACAGUAUGUGCGGCAAAUGCGGCAUGGAGAUUGAAGGGAAGGCCAUGAAGGCCAAAGAUAUCCUAUACCAUGAGGAGGGUUGCUUCGUAUGUUGCACUUGCGACACUGAUCUUCGCCAAACGAGUGUCUAUUCCAAAGAAGGCAAAUUGUAUUGCGAGCACGACUACAAAUCCAACUUCGUGCCCAAGUGCGCUAAAUGUAUGGAAUACAUUCUCGAGAACUGUGUGAAAGCCAUGGAGAAGACUUGGCACUCGAACCACUUUUCUUGCUAUACUUGUGACAAGCGGUUCUCGGAGGAGGUGGGCUUUCACAUCCACGAAGAGAAGCCUUACUGUGAAGGCUGCUACAUUGAAUUGGCCGUGCCCAAAUGCAAAGGCUGCUCAAAGCCCAUCUUAGACAAAGCCCUCAAUGCUUUAGGAGGAACAUGGCAUCUGACUUGUUUCGUUUGCAAGGAGUGCAAGAAAACUUUCGAAGGCCAAUCGAACUUCUACACCGUGGACGACAUGCCUAUUUGUGGCCCUUGCGCGGGAGUUCAAAAUGAAUAGGUUAUUUUGCAAAUUCCAUGACCCAGCGUCUACAAAUCCUUUAUCACCCUAGUUAAAACAAAAGUCCACCUCUGAAUCCAGCUCAAAAAUGAAACCUGCGCCUAAAGUCAACUUACCAAGCAAAACGCCCAAUGACGCUCAUCAUUACAAAAUAUAUUGACAAAUUACGAUUUUUGUGACCUAAGCAAAUGGGACGGUAGAAAAUUGUCCAAAUAGCAUGAUGUAAUGUUAAAAAUUGAAUGCCUUUCUCAUGAUCAAUGCAUUGUCUUCUCAAUUGUACCAUUGUCUGGCGGCGUGUGCUGCAACAAAACAAUAAAUGUACAUAUGUCAUCCA